UGUUUCUUUGCACGUUACGUUUGGUGCUAGUCAUUUUCAUCUCUGGGAAUCUGAAGGAUAAUAGUUUCCCUCUCAAUUCCGGGUAGGAUCAUGUCUGUGCCUUCUCCUUCAGUAGAGCUCGGCACUUACAGAGACCGUCACUUCCACGGCCCCGUCGAAGAACAGGAGCGCCUCCUUCGGCACUCCACGACCCUGUACGUCGGGAACCUCUCCUUCUACACCACGGAGGGGCAGAUCCACGAGCUCUUCUCCAUGUGCGGUGACAUCAAGCGAAUCGUGAUGGGUCUGGACAGAUUCAAGAAGACGCCCUGCGGAUUCUGCUUCGUGGAGUACUACACCAGAGCGGAUGCGGAGAGCUGUAUGCGGUACGUGAACGGGACCCGUCUAGACGAUCGUCUGGUCAGGACGGACUGGGACGUGGGCUUCCAGGAGGGUCGGCAGUACGGCCGGGGUCGUGGUGGGGGCCAAGUCAGAGACGAGUUCAGAAGCGACUUCGACGGAGAUCGCGGUGGCUUUGGUAAGCUGUUGAAAUUGAAAGCACCCAAUCCACAAUUUCUAUUUCCAGGAGAGUCCCCUUGAAAGGGUCGUAAAUACAGUUUUAUACGAUCUAGUGCUAAUUUAGAAAAAUGAAUAAAAGGCUUUUGAAUAUCCGA